AUGCUCUUUGCUGCCUUGCUGCUCUCCCUCCUGCUCUCCCUACUGGCCCCACCCUCCUCGCAGGCUUCCUCGUGGCAACUUGCCUGCAAGCUCACCUGGCACGAGGGAGGCCUGACCAACUUCAGCACGUUCUUUGAUGGCAACAUUCCCCUAUCGUUCCAGCAGCUUGGAGUCUUCUAUGCAUCACUUACAUCAACGGGUGUUCCUUCCUACACCCUGAGAAACAGGAAUGGCGUGUUUGUCUCCUCCUUCCAGGCCAGCUGGUACUUUUCUAAUCCGUACCAAAUUCAAUUCGGCUGCUCAGCGGAGUAUACUUACUUGAUAGGAAUGGCUGCAAACUUCGAUUCAUCUGCAGAGUGGCAGCUUCUCUACGAGGGUAUCAUCGAGACUGACUUCGCUGUUGACAGCAGAAACACCUCCAAAGUCUAUUCCUUCCAGAUGCCGAAGGAGUGCGAAUGGCGGUCAGAGAGCUCUGGGUCGUCCCAAGAAGGAACUCUGAAUCGAGACUUGUACGAUGCCUUGACGUCUGGGAAUGUCGACGCAACCAUCUCGAGCAUGAAGGCUGCUACUCCUAGAAACUUCUACUACAGUCAAGUCCCAGCCAUGUAUGUCUCACCGUUCUCUGUCGUUGGAAGCUCGCAUGUGCCAUGUUUUGACUGCCCGUGCUCUCCUGAUCCACGCCAGCAGCAGGUUACUGCAGACUCGGGCAGAUGUGUCAUACAGGCCUGCAACGUGAGCCAGUGCAAGCGCGUUUACUCGGAUGCCUUGGCGUCAUGCGUGCCUAACGACCUGAACGUCUCGGAGCUUUCCCGGGUUUACUCGCCUCCUCCUCAACCAGCAUCAACCGCGCAGCCUCAGUCCUCUGCCAACCAAGAUGCUACGGUAGCGAAGCCGUCUGCUUCAUCCUCGUCGGCGUGUGGAGUGCAUGAGGUCUCGUGGAUGGCUCGUUCAGUCAUGGCGAUAUCUCUCGUCGUGUCCUUGUUCACUUGCCGGGCGUAG